AUGUACCCAGGUGUCGUAGGAUCCUACGUUUUGUACGCAAUAUUAAGAGACAGUUACCGUGUUCUGAAGAAGAGAAAACACGAGGGAACCGCACUUCGUGGUGAUAUUAAUGUGUGUUUGAUUGGCGACCCAUCGGCAGCGAAAUCGCAAGUUUUAAAGACCAUCGAGGAAUUCAGCUCCCGCGCGAUUUACACAACCGGAAAGGCGUCGUCUGCUGCUGGAUUGACGGCUGCUGUUGUGAAAGACCAAGAGUUUUGA